UUCGCACACUCUCCUUCCGGAAGCUGUGCUCGCUAACCGGAGUAUUUCUGAAUAUUACCUUAAAUGUCAGAUUAAUAUAACAUCACACUUCCUUGAUCAUAUCGCUUUAUACGGGAGUCAACUUUAGCCUUGAAACGUUCUGUGUUCUGAGUCUGGCAAAGUUUGUCGCAAGCAUUAGUUUAGGCUGCUGCUCACAAGGCAGCUAAUGUGGCUAAAGCUAAUGUUUUGAUUGUUUUUGUAAAUCUUGACGUUGCAUCGACGGUGCGUGGCGAGGCUUUACUCGUACUAAUUCACAGUUUAUGUAUGCAUUUCCUUUGAGUUCGGUCAAAUUGUAAUAUAUUUGCUAGCUGUAUUGUUAACAAAACUAAACCAGCAGUUAUUUACGUCUCAGUUAUUGUUGGGGCCGCCGGGUUUGUCCCUUUCGCGACAGUUUAAAGAGUGGCGAGCGUUAGCAGCUCCCCGAGAACCGGCUUCAAUGCGUGGGAUGAUGGGCAGCCAAAGUAGUCCUGUCAAGAGUUACGACUAUCUCCUUAAAUUCCUCUUGGUGGGAGACAGCGACGUCGGUAAGGGAGAAAUCUUGGACAGUUUACAAGACGGCUCCGUGGAGUCUCCCUAUGCUUACAGCAGUGGAAUUGAUUACAAGACAACCACAAUACUGCUGGAUGGAAGAAGAGUGAAGUUAGAGUUAUGGGAUACAUCCGGUCAGGGAAGAUUCUGCACCAUCUUCAGGUCUUACUCAAGAGGAGCACAGGGCAUACUUCUUGUUUAUGACAUCACCAAUGGCUGGUCAUUUGAUGGCAUUGACCGGUGGAUCCGAGAAAUUGAUGAGCAUGCCCCAGGUGUGCCCAGAAUCUUGGUUGGCAACCGACUUCACUUGGCUUUCAAGCGGCGGGUUCCAACAGAGCAAGCAAGGGCUUAUGCUGAAAAAAACAGCAUGACAUUCUUUGAGGUCAGCCCUCUGUGCAACUUCAAUGUCAUCGAGUCUUUCACAGAACUCUCACGUAUCGUGCUCAUGAGGCACGGGAUGGAAAAGUUCUGGAGGCCCAACAGAGUUUUCAGCCUCCGAGAUCUGUGCUGCCGUUCCAUCGUCUCCUGCACACCUGUGCACCUCAUCGACAAGCUGCCUCUCCCGGUGGCCAUCAAAUCCCACCUCAAGUCAUUCUCCAUGGCCAACGGCAUGAAUGCGGUUAUGAUGCACGGACGCUCCUACUCGGUGGUCAACAGUGCAACCCCGGGCGGCACAAGUGGCGGAAGCAAGGCCAACAGUAUCAAACGCUCCAAGUCCUUCAGACCCCCACAGAGUCCACCAAAAACCUCUCCAUCCUCUUCCUCCAAGGGGAACUGUAAGAUAUCGUAGUGAAAGCGUGGACUGAGGCCAGUGUGUUUUGGUGGUGUUGCUCCCAGAGGCCUCUCAAGGCCACUGGGCGUGGAAACAUGCUACCUACAAGUAAACCUGAUCAGAACUUGGCGCUACCUUGAACGUGCUUUGACCUGUUGUGCUGGGUUUCUAUUUAUUUGCACUUGCUGGUGCCAUCUGUUUUGCCCACACAUUUACUAAAUAAACUAACUGAUCGAGUUGAACAAGACAUUGGACCAAGAGAUCAGUUGCGGAUUGUAACUCACCCUCUAAUACUACAUAUUAGGGGAGAAUAUUCAGAUCAGUUUAUUUUUGAAAUUUUAUGUUUAUCUUAAUAUUUAAAAUUGGACUUUAAUUUUUAAAUAUUGCUUUAUGUAAUUGUUUGGUUUUGACUCUUAUGGGAGACUUGUCUAAUUUACAGUGUCUUAUACCCUCAUUGAGGGGCCACUCUCUUUGCAACAACCUUUUUCAAAUCUGAGAUUAAAGUUAAAUUUUAAAUAUGGCUCAUUUGAUUUAUAUCAUCAGGCGAUGGGGCAAUUCAAUUAUUUGCACGGAGUUCAGCAAAACUACCAUCUAAAAACUGCAUUGCCCUAUACCUGAUCAGCUGCUUUAGUUUCACCCACUAUUGGAUGUUGUUCUGCAGCCUUUUUAACCUAUUAAGUGAAAUUAUAGUUUUCAUUAAAAACUUUGGAAAUGGCUUGGUGCUGAUGAGAAUAAGUACAAACUAAAUGUACAGAUUUUUACCUUUUUAGGUUUGCUAUUGUUCAACAUAAAUUUGUAAAUACAAUUUUUUUUUUUUGCAUUUUGAAUAUUUUGUGAACUGUAUGCUAUGUAUUUAUGAAUGUAAAAAUGAUAUUCAUCUGCUACCUUUCUGUGGCCAUUUAGUAUCCGGUGGAAUUUUGUGUCGCUGCCUCUCAAGUAUUUGUGAGUUUGAACUCCUUUCAGCCUCCUGGAAAGUAGACUCAUGACAGCAGUGCCUGGUUCCUGUUGACAUUUAGCAAGCUUUCCAUUGUGCACCACACAAAUGAUUGACAAGAAGUGUAAGAUGUUAAGUUUACAGCAAGACCUCACUCAGUAAGAGCAUAAAGUAUGUUUUUUUUAAUCUGAGUUUAACCUUCCUGAUGAAACAAUAUGUGGUAAGAUUAUGUAAGGAAUUAAAAUAUGGUGCACAUUUUUUCUGUCUGUGCCGUACUGAGACCAGUGCGUUGUACUGUAUUAAAUAAACUAAAGCACAAUCUCGAUGUCUUGAUGCAAUCAGAGCUGUGUUGUAAAGGUUUGGAUAUUAACUAAUACUCAUUUUCUCAUCCGGCUGCAUAAAAAACAAAGACACACUUUACAAAUAA